AAUCGCCGGUCGCCGUCAGCCCAAGCCAGCGCCGCUCUUUGCCUCUUGGCGGCAUUUCCUUUUCCCAACUGUACUUCUACAUCCUCCCGUACCCUCCCGUACCCCCCUGGCCACCCCCCUCCGUGCAGCGCACCCCCAUCGCCACAGCAACACCUACUCCUUUGCGCCCAACGACCUUUUACGUCAUUUCUGUUGAUCUCCGCUCAAAAAGGCGACGAGGGCAAUAAAUAGGUCACAGUUGUAUACUACUCUCUAUCCCCAGAAGCAGCGUGGUGAGUUUGGUCCGGCUGUAGGGUGGGGAAGUAUGCGCUCAUAAAUACCCCGUGGGAUGCAGAACAACAGCGCCACCACCGUAUCCUGCCUUCAGCAGACAAAUCUACAUCGCAUAUCACGAUGAGCACCCAACAGCCACUGCAAUCUGCAUCCUCGACCUCGCUGGCGAAGGUGCCCCCCGUGGACGACAGUCCCCAACCUGACAAGGUGCACCUGAAAGUUCUUGUCAUCUCUGGGCAAAAUCGCUUCUACUCUUUCGAGCCGGAUUGUACAGUUGGGAGAGUGAAGGAGCUCGUAUGGAGCUCGUGGCCGAAAGAGUGGACGGAUCCUGCUCAGCCACCAUCCCCGAGUUACCUGAGAAUUCUGCAUAGCGGACGAAUACUACAGGACGACACCAGCUUGUCAUCGAACAAACUUCCGGCCGGUCCUUCUUCAUCUCCACCUACAGUCGUCCAUAUCUCCGUCAGAUCAUUCUCUAUCAAAGGUGAUGACGAACCGAAAAAACCCUCAGCACACCGGAGUCUCAGCCGUCAGAGCGUGAGGGCGGCCGAUGAUGAAGUCGGCGGGUGCAAGUGCAUUAUCAUGUGAUGACCACUAGCUGCGACAUAUCAGAUUGGUCAGCAGGGAAAAGAAGAAUGCGGACACUGGAUGUCAGGAAGAGAAGGGGUCUCGAGUGUAUAUCCUAUUGUAUAUCAUAUAUCUUUCUAUCUAUAUUUUUCUAUCAUAGACCUCAUCAAAUCUUGUACUCUUCUAUAUUCGCUUAUGCCAUUAACGUGCCACGGUUCC